AAUAUCUAACCUUUACAAGUCAUCCACGGAAUCACAAGAAACGAGGAGACUAAAGUCGCCAAAAGUCUAUUCCCGUCGGCAAGUUUCUUCUUUCUCUUCAACAUGGCGCCGAUUUCUCAGAAAGAAGUUAGCGUUGGAAAUAGAGAUGCAUCAACAGCUCGUUACUUGUUGAAGUUUGAAUCUUUUUCUGUACUCUCAACGAAUGGUAUAAACAAAUAUGAAUCAAGUGUGUUCGAGUCCUGCGGCUACAAAUGGAAACUGAUCAUAUAUCCUGAUGGAGAUGUAGAAGAUGGAUAUGAUCAUAUUUCUGUAUACUUGGCCAUUGCCGAGACAAGCUCUUUACAGGCUGGUUGGGAGGUGAAUGCCACAUUUAGCUUCUUGAUAUUUGAUCAAAUUCAUGACAAGUAUAUUGUAAUGAGAGGAAUGGCUCAACGAUUUCACAAUAUCAAGACUGAAUGGGGUUUCUCGAAAUGUAUAUCUCAUGAAACAUUCAAAGAGCCCUCUAACGGCUACCUUGUUAAUGACAAAUGUGUAUUUGGAGUAGAUGUAUCUGUUAUCAAGAACCAAGGAUUAGGUGAAUGUGUGUCCUUGUUGAAUGAGACCAAGUCUUAUAAGCACGAAUGGAAGAUUUCUGGAUUCUCAAAAUUAAAGGAUAAGUUGUAUUCUGAAGAAUUUCUUGUAGGUGUUUACAAGUGGAAGCUUUUGUUUUAUACUACAGGUAAUGCUGAUCAAAGGAACAAUAGCAUAUCAAUUUACCUUGUAUCAGUUGAUGCUGGAAGUUUUGAUCGCCAAAAGAGGGUGAAGGCAAAAUUUAGCAUUUCUGUUAAAGACCAGAUUAGUGGUGCACGUAAUAAGCGCGGUGAUUCAUCACAUUGGUUUUUGGCUGCUGAAGUCGACUGGGGUUGGGCAGCAUUCAUGCCGCUACAUGAAUUCAAGAAUCCUAAAAAAGGCUACCUUGUUGAGGACUGCUGCAUUGUGGAAGCAGAUGUUUCUAUAAUUGGUGCUGUCAAUAGUUUAACCUAAUCCUUGAUUUAUGAUCCAAAAAUGCUCCUAUCUUGUGAAACAUCUGUUGGAUUCCUUGGGAUGCAUGCAAUUAAUUUCUUUCUUGGAUUAUUCAA